AUGAUGGUAGCCGCUGUCGAUGCAGCCGAUGAGGUCAGGGAAUCAUCCACUAACGACCUCGUAUCAAAUCAACGCCCGACAUUCCUCUGCAAGCCGCCGCCGUGCCAGUCGAGUGAGGCGAAGUUAAAGCAGGCAUUGACGACAAGGACAACCGAGCUCUGGUGGGACGCAGGAGACCGCGGACAGUUUAAGCUCGAAUGGGCAACCGGUGAGUCGGGAGCCUCGCUUGUGGAUGGUCGCUCGACAGGCCAAAGACUCGACCCGUAG